GAAACAAGUGAGAGUCUGAAAUAGCUAGAUGGGGUGGUCAAGAAAGUUUUCAUUGAGAAGAUAACAUUUAAGCAAGAAUCAGCAGUAAAUAUUGUGAAACCCCAGUACAGUUCUAUUUAUUCUGUGAUAGGUAAACAAAACACUUUCCCCUUAAGGUGGAAACUAUGGAGAAAGUCUAAUUACUAGUAGGUCUCUCUGGAAGAGAGACACCUCUUCCUGCACCAUUACUUUCACCCCUUCCCUCCCAGGUGAUUUUUGCAAAGCUCUGUCAAUGGGGGUGGGGGCUAGGGUGGAACUUGGACUUUUGGCAAGUGAAGUAUUAUUGACCCAUCAAGUGCAAAGCUAAAGAGGCUUGGGAAUGCCCCCAAAAGGCCCUUGAUGGAGCUUGGAAGAAGCUGUUCUCUGAGUAUUCUAAGUGUGUUUGUAUAUGUGUGUGAUUACUAAGUAUAUGUAAGUGUCAGUGUCUUUAGGGGUCUCAGAGCUGGGCAUGGCACAGUACACAAAAAUGUUACUUUCCUCUUCUCUCCUCCUGCAUUGUUGAGGUAAAUCCAACCACAGAAAGGUGGUCCUCGAUCAAUCUACCCCCUUCCCCGACCUUAUGGGCACUCAGACCCAUCACCAAGGUGAAGAGAGUCACAGUUGAACACCAGUGGGCUGGGCUACUCACUGCUCAAAAGUCACUGAAGGGGGGUGGGCCCUCCUGCUGGGAAGAGUUAGUCUUGGACUCAGAUUUCUGUCCAGACCCUGACCUUAUUUGCACAGAUGGAUGUAAUCAGCCAAUAUUGGCAUAGUCCUGAGAGAUCUCAUUCCCAGAAGGCUUGGAGGUGGGGUGGUGCUGCUGCCAUGCCUAUAUAGGGGCUCAGCCAGGUGCCCAGAGCUGUCCGGUGGCCUCUCCAGCUCAUCAUGGCUCGGGCAUGGGGGACACCAGUUGUACUGUGGCUGUUGGGCUUGUGUUGGUCUCUGGCUAACGCCCAUCCUCUUUUUCUGGCUAAUGUCCCUAGGCAUGGAGCUGAAAGUGGGAAUGCAACCAAGUUGGACCCAGAUCUGUGUCUCUGCACUGUAUCAUUUGACUGGUCUUUUAUUUGCUAUCUCCCCACCUCCUUCCCAGAACGCUGCUCGGAUGGCUGGGGCUUUGAUGCUACCAUCCUGGAUGAGCAUGGGACUAUGCUGUUUUUUAAAGGGGAGUUCGUGUGGAAGGGUCAAAAUUGGACUCGGGAGUUAAUCUCAGAGAGGUGGAAGGAUGUCCCCAGCCCCGUGGAUGCUGCAUUCCGCCAUGGUCAUGACAGAGUCUUUCUGAUCAAGGGGGACAGGGUCUGGGAAUACCCUCCUGAGAAGAAGAAGGAAUAUCCAAAGUUGCUCCAAGAGGAGUUUCCUGGAAUCCCAUCCCCAGUGGAUGCAGCUGUGGAAUGUCACAGUGGAGAAUGCCUCUUUGAGGGUGUCUUAUUCUUCCAAGGCAACCACUCGUGGUUCUGGGACUACACUACAAAAUCCAUAAAGGAACGUUCCUGGCAGGCUGUUAGCAACUGCUCGUCUGCCAUGCGAUGGCUCAGCCGCUACUACUGCUUCCGGGGUAACCAAUUCCUGCGCUUCAACCCUGUCACGGGAGAGGUGCUUCCUAUAUACCCUCUGGAUGUCCGAGACUACUUUAUGGUCUGCCCUGGCAGAGGCCAUGCACACAGGAAUGUGAACCCCAGUGGGGCUAAACGCUGUAGCCCAGAUCUAGUCUUGUCUGCACUGCUGUCUGACAAACAUGGUGCCACCUAUGCCUUCAGUGGAUCCCACUACUGGCGUCUAGACACCAGCCGGGACGGGUGGCAUAGCUGGCCCAUUGAGCAUCUGUGGCCCCAGGGUCCUUCAACAGUGGAUGCUACCUUUUCCUGGGAUGAUAAGCUCUAUCUGAUCCAGGGAACCCAGGUAUAUAUCUUCCUGACAAAGGGAGGCUAUACCCUAGUAGAUGGUUAUCCAAAGAGGCUGGAGAAGGAAUUCGGGAGCCCUCAUGGGAUCAACCUUGAUACUGUGGAUGCAGCCUUUACCUGUCCUGGGUCUUCUCGGCUCCACGUCAUGGCAGGACGGCAACUGUGGUGGCGGGACCUGAAGUUAGGAGCUCAAGCCACGUGGACAGAGCUUCCUUGGCCCCAUGAAAAGGUUGACGCAGCCCUGUGUACGGACAAGUCUCUGGGCCCCAACUCGUGUUCCGCCAGUGGUCUCGGCUUGUACCUCGUCCAAGGCCCCAAUUUGUACUGCUACAGAGACGUGGAGAAAUUGAAUGUGGCCAAGGCCCUUCCCCAGCCCCAGAGAGUAAACAGCCUCCUGGGCUGCCUUCACUGA